AUGGCAUGUGAUCAGGCUAUAUUUGAAAAUAAUUAUUUAAACGAAUAUUUGCUUGUUCAACAUAAAGAUCAACGUGUAACUUGUACAUUAACUAGAAGUGUAUAUGUAGAGAUCAACAACACACAUAAAUAUAUCAGUAAAUUAAACGAACUUGAAAUACAGGCUGAAGAAAGAAUUAAUUUAGCUAUGGGAAAAGGUAAAAAUGUCGUUGUGACACCUGAUUUCAGAAAUUAUGGUGGAAUAAAAAUUGGUGAAAAUAAAGAUGAACAUCAAAGAGGAAAAAUUUCGUCAGGACAUGUUAAUCAAAUUCAAGAUGAUCGAAGCAAAGGGAAGGGUAAAAUGAUAGAAUCGGACGACGAAAUGGAAUAUGAUAUUCCAAAUAUUAAUGAGGAAACUGAAAGUUUUGAACAUUAUCAUCAUGAUUGGGAAAAUUUUGAUAAAAUUUUUAUGCCAAAAGAAACCACAAAUGAAUUUAUUGGUAAGCAUUUGAAAUUUAUUGAAAAUUAA